UGUACCUCUGCAAGCAGUUAGUAGCGUCUGCAAGCACUUGUCCAAACUCCAAACGAACUCUGAACGUGUCUGUUAAAACGUGUUUCCACUUGUUUCUUCACAAAAUAUCGUCAAAUUGGUAUCUUCAUCUGUAGAAAUGUCUAAAAGGCGCAUUGAAGUCGAUGACAAGCUCAGUAAAAAAUCUCGAGCAUCUGGUGAAAGGAAUAGGGAUAAUGACGUUGAUAAGGAAAAGAAUGUUAUAGAAACAAAGCCCAACAUUUCUUCGGCAACAACUGUACCAGCAGCCAAGCCAGGACUAACAUUAAAUCCACUUACAGGUCUACCCUACACACAGAAGUACUAUGACAUUUAUCGGAAACGGAUUGCACUUCCUGUGUGGGAAUAUAGAGACAAGUUUUUCGAGUUGUUGGAAAACAAUCAAACUAUAGUUUUAGUUGGUGAAACAGGAUCAGGAAAAACUACUCAAAUUCCUCAAUGGUCUGCUGAGUUUACUCGGAAAUUAGGAGUAAAAAAAGGAGUUGCUUGUACUCAACCACGCCGAGUUGCUGCAAUGUCCGUGGCUCAACGUGUUGCCGACGAAAUGGACGUUGUUUUGGGACAAGAAGUUGGUUACAGCAUCCGUUUCGAAGAUUGCUCCUCACCUAAAACUAUACUCAAGUACAUGACCGACGGUAUGUUGUUGCGUGAGGCUAUGUCAGAUCCGCUGUUAGACUCAUACCAAAUUGUCUUAUUGGAUGAAGCUCAUGAGCGCACACUUGCCACCGACAUUCUUAUGGGUGUUUUAAAGGAAGUCAUUAAACAGCGCCAUGAUCUAAAAUUAGUUAUCAUGUCUGCAACACUCGACGCGGGAAAGUUUCAGUCUUAUUUCGACAACGCCCCACUGAUGAAUGUUCCCGGUCGGACACAUCCCGUUGAAAUCUUUUACACACCAGAACCCGAACGGGACUAUCUUGAGGCUGCUAUUCGCACGGUUAUGCAGAUUCAUAUGUGUGAAGAUAUCGUUGGUGAUGUUCUUCUGUUCCUUACUGGUCAAGAGGAAAUCGAUGAAGCGUGUAAGCGGUUGAAACGUGAAAUUGACAACCUGGGACCUGAAGUAGGAGAAAUGAAAUGUAUUCCUUUGUAUUCCACGUUGCCCCCAAAUUUACAGCAAAGGAUUUUCGAGUCAGCUCCACCAGUCAGACCCAAUGGUGCCAUCGGUCGUAAAGUGGUUAUUAGCACGAAUAUUGCCGAGACCUCUCUUACUAUUGAUGGCGUUGUUUUCGUUAUUGACCCUGGUUUUGCUAAACAGAAGGUGUAUAAUCCUCGCAUCCGCGUUGAGUCCCUACUGGUUUCUCCCAUCAGCAAAGCAUCAGCCCAACAACGUGCCGGUCGUGCCGGUCGUACUCGACCAGGAAAGUGUUUCCGUCUAUACACCGAGAAGGCAUACAAACAAGAGAUGCAAGAUAACACAUAUCCAGAAAUUCUACGCUCUAACUUGGGAUCCGUCGUGAUUAAUCUGAAAAAAUUGGGCAUCGACGAUUUAGUCCAUUUUGAUUUUAUGGAUCCUCCAGCUCCUGAGACUUUGAUGAGAGCGCUGGAGUUACUGAAUUAUCUUGGAGCUUUGGAUGACGAUGGUAAUAUGACGGAACUGGGAGCUAUCAUGGCGGAAUUUCCUUUAGAUCCUCAACUGGCCAAAAUGUUGAUUGCCUCUACCGAAUUCAAUUGCUCCAACGAAAUUCUUUCUAUUACUGCUAUGCUUUCCGUCCCACAAGUCUUCAUGCGCCCCCUGGAAGCAAAGAAAGCUGCGGAUGAAGCUAAGAUGCGCUUUGCGCACAUCGACGGUGAUCAUUUAACUAUGUUGAACGUCUAUCACGCAUUUAAACAGAACAUGGAAGACCCACAGUGGUGUUACGAUAAUUUUGUAAAUUACCGUUCAAUGAAAUCGGCAGACAAUGUGCGGCAACAACUUUCCCGCAUAAUGGAUCGUUUCAAUCUAAAGCGAACUUCCACGGAGUUCACCUCAAAAGACUACUAUGUUAAUAUUCGGAAAGCGCUCAUUAGCGGUUUUUUCAUGCAGAUUGCCCAUUUGGAACGCACAGGACACUACCAGACUAUAAAAGAUAACCAAGUUGUACAAUUACACCCUUCUACGUGUUUAGACCACAAACCGGAGUGGGUUAUUUACAACGAAUUUGUUUUGACCACUAAAAAUUAUAUACGAACCUGCACCGAUGUCAAACCGGAAUGGCUGAUUAAGGUUGCCCCGUCUUAUUACGAUAUGAGUAACUUUCCGGAAGGUCCGGCAAAAAGACAACUUGAACAGAUUAUCAACCGCCUCGAGAGUCGGGAAUAUCGCAAUUGAAAGGUUUACAAAACUAUCUGUAAAAUCGACUGGCCAUCAGUUUCCAUUCACUGAAUAGGGGAAGACAUUCCGGCUUCUUUCACCAAGAUCAGUGACCGCUUAUUCUAAUAAUUAAUUUUGAAACAAAGCAGUCGAGUAUAAUACUUGUAAUCUUGAAUGAAACAUGCCCAUGUUGGAUUGAUGUUAAACCCUGAAAUGCUGAAAUGACACAAUAUAUGUGGUGUCAUUUCUUCCAGUUUAA